AUGAUAUCCCAUCAUCACCAUCGUCCCAGCUCCCAGGUGGAUCUGGGUUUCGGCUCGGCCAAAGUGCUCCCCAGCUCCGCUGGGGUGCCGCUGCUGUCGGCCUUCAGCGAUGCCAACUGUGGGACCAAAGCUGUCCUGCAGGCGAUCAAGAAGGCGCUCAUGGAUCCCGCAGCCGGAAAUGACGGAAUCCUGGAUAUUGUGGAGGAUGAGACGGUUUUGGAGGAUGUCUUGGUCUGUGCAUGCUAUGUGACUUGCGACUUCCCUAAGGACAGAGAACAGCCAGCGAGGUCAUUGAAGAGCGACAAGGACGCGGAGGCGGCGACGGAUCCGGUGCGGCUCCUAGGUCGGGACCGAGCUUUGAAAGUGCCCGCUGCGUGCCGGCACGGCGUGACAGAAUGUUUCUUCCAUCCGCAGAGUGCAGAGAACCACAGCUGCGCCUGUGAUACGCUCCCCGAGGCUUUCGUACGCACUUUGGAGCUGUGCCCCAUGGACAUCCGUGCCCAACUGGUGCAGAACGUGGUGAUUUGCGGAGGUUUGACUGAAGCGAUCCUGUCGGUAGGUGGCGCCACGCUGCGCGGCUUGCUGCCGCGCCUGGCGCUUGAAGUGCAGAAGGCCCUGCAACAGCACAAGGCCCCGAGCUCGGAGGUCCUGGUGAUGGCUGUUGGGUCGGUGCUUUCCGCCCUGGCACCCAAGCUGCGGCUAACACCUGUGGACUUUGCGCCCAUCUGCGCAGCCUGGACCGGGGGUGCCAUCUAUGGAUCCCUGGAAGGUGUUCCGGACUACAGCGGCUUGGAAUGA